GGUUCCGCUAACGAGUAACGGCGAUGAAGAGACCUCGAGCUACAUCACCGCCGUCGAUCUCUACCACCGUAAAACCACCACUAUCUCCGCCGGUCACGCCGAUUCUCAAACAGAAGCUACACAGAACAGGAACACCUAAAUGGUUCCCGUUAAAACUAACCCACACGGAGCUCACUCUACCGUUAACUUUCCCGACGGGUCAAACAUUCCGGUGGAAGCAAACUGGAGCGAUUCAGUAUAGCGGAACGAUUGGGCCUCAUCUCGUCUCUCUUCGACAACGUCCAGGUGAUGACACAGUUUCCUACUCGGUCCAUUGCAGCACUAGCCCUAAAUCAGCGGAACUUGCGUUGCUUGAUUUUCUCAAUGCUGAGAUCUCGUUAGCUGAGCUAUGGUCUGAUUUCUCGAAGAAAGAUCCUCGUUUUGGAGAAUUAGCGAAACAUCUUCGUGGUGCGCGUGUGCUACGGCAGGAUCCGCUCGAGUGCUUGAUACAGUUUUUGUGCUCAUCGAACAAUAACAUUGGGAGGAUUACGAAGAUGGUUGAUUUUGUUUCGUCUUUAGGGUUACAUUUGGGUGAUAUUGAUGGAUUUGAGUUUCAUCAGUUCCCAUCAUUGGAUCGAUUAUCUAGGGUUUCUGAAGCAGAGUUUAGGAAGGCUGGUUUUGGUUACAGAGCCAAAUACAUAACAGGUACAGUAAAUGCUUUGCAAUCAAAGCCAGGUGGUGGCGAUGAAUGGCUUCUUUCUCUACGCAAAUUAGAUCUCCAAGAGGCAGUUUCUGCUCUGUGUACAUUACCUGGUGUUGGUCCAAAGGUAGCAGCUUGCAUAGCUCUGUUUUCUCUUGAUCAGCAUAGUGCUAUUCCCGUUGACACACAUGUCUGGCAGAUCGCAACAAAUUAUCUACUGCCAGACCUUGCUGGUGCAAAACUGACACCUAAACUCCACGGCAGAGUGGCAGAAGCAUUUAUUUCUUCUCCGUUCGGAAAAAACUCCAAAUUCUACUCUGAAAACCCUAAGUUUCCGAUGUCGAUCUUCGAGUACAAUGGAAGUGCCGUUGUUGCUAUGGUAGGUAAGAACUGUUUCGCCAUCGCCAGUGAUCGGAGACUCGGUGUUCAGCUACAGACAAUCGCCACUGAUUUCCAGAGAAUCUCCAAGAUCCACGAUCGUGUCUUCAUCGGUCUUUCCGGUCUCGCUACCGAUGUUCAAACACUGUACCAGCGCUUGGUGUUUCGUCAUAAGCUUUACCAGCUUCGUGAAGAGAGAGACAUGAAGCCUGAAACUUUCGCUAGUCUUGUCUCAGCCAUUCUUUACGAAAAGAGAUUUGGUCCUUACUUAUGCCAACCUGUGAUUGCUGGCUUGGGAGAUGAUGACAAGCCUUUCAUUUGCACGAUGGACUCUAUUGGAGCCAAAGAGUUGGCUAAAGAUUUUGUUGUAUCUGGAACUGCUUCAGAAUCACUGUAUGGAGCCUGUGAGGCAAUGUACAAGCCAGAUAUGGAAGCUGAGGAAUUGUUCGAGACAAUAUCGCAAGCACUUCUCUCGUCGGUUGACCGUGAUUGUCUGAGUGGUUGGGGAGGGCACGUCUACAUUGUAACACCAACAGAGAUUAAGGAGAGGAUCCUAAAGGGAAGGAUGGAUUGAUCUCACUUCUUCUAUCCAAGUUGUUUUUCGCUGUAAUCCCGGUUUAAAGUAGAGUAACCUUCGCAUUCCGGUUUAAUCAUAUAUUCCUUCUCUGAAAUUAUGGGUUCUGGAUGAUGUUUGAUCUAUUGUUCUUUGAAUUCGUAGAGUUAACGAAUUAAUAACACUGGUUUUAUUUC